GUCACAUCGCCAAAAUGGAAUCGGCUCCCCGUUUGCCGAUGUUAUCCUGCGAAUUAAAAAUUAGCCCGACACAUACUGUAUUCGGACCAACGCUUAAGAAGUAUAUAGCUGAACAUUACCAUGAAGACCCUGACGCUUACAAUAAUGAAAUUGAAGAGUUGCAAAACCUCCGUAUGGCAGCCUGCAAGGUACCAAGAGACUUUACAGGAUGCAGUGUCUUGAAGCGUUACUAUUCCCAGCUACUCUGCCUUCAAAGCAGGUUUCCUAUGACAGAUGAGGGUCCUGCUUGUGUGCCUUUCAUGUGGACUGAUAUCUAUUCGGGUAUGGUCUUCAACAUCAUUGACAUCAAAUACGAACAAGCAAGCAUACUCUACAACAUUGGAGCAUUGCACUCGAAGCUCGGCGCUAUGGAAAAUCGUAACAACUCGGAGGGCAUGAAGAUUGCGUGCACACACUUCCAGUGUGCGGCAUGGGCCUUGCAACAAGUUCGUGAUGCCUUUCCUCAACCCAAGGGCAGCGACAUGUCUCAUGACCUGCUGUCCUUCUUUGUAGAUGUGUUCCUUGCCCAAGCUCAAGAGUGCAUUCUAGAAAAGUCUAUGCUAGAUGGGAGGAAGUCUUCCAUCACAGCUAAAGUGGCUGCUCAAGUUGUGGAGUUCUAUAAAGCAGCUGUUGCAGUGUUGGUCUCUGGAAGCAAUAGUAUGGAGGCUGGUUGCAUCCACGACAUUGUUGGAUCCAAAUUGUUCAAGGGCUGGAAGAAGUUUCUAGAAUUCAAAAUGGCAUACUAUGGAAGUGUUUCCUGCCUUCACAUGGGCAACCAGGCUGAAGAAUCCCAGAAGAUCGGUGAUCGACAGGCAUGGUAUCAGCUAGCACUAGAUAAGCUCAACGAGGCUAUCUCCAUCUCAAAGGGUCUAGAUAGGGAUGACCUCGGAGAAACACUCUCUUUUGCUAUGGAUGUGAUCGGCGGCAAGUUCAAUGCUGCCAAGAGAGAGAACGAUUUUGUUUACCACGACAAAGUUCCUGCUGUGGAGAACCUGCCUGAAAUCAAAGGCGCCACACUCGUGAAGGGGAUUGCUUUUAGCCCAACAGACCCCGAAAUAUGUGGCCCGGAUAUUUUUGCCCGGCUCGUGCCAAUGGAGGCGCAUGAGGCAUCAUCUAUUUACAGCGAAGAAAAGGCUCAACUGUUACGCUCUGUCACGGCUCGUAUUGAGAACAAGGACGAAGAGCUAAGCGCAUUUAUGUCGUCACUGAACCUCGAUCGGAGUGUCAUUACCAUGGACAUGAAGUCAAUACCGCAGGAAUUGAUCAAAUGUUGCGCAGCCUUGAGCGUUCGGCCUACGGCUGCUAGUGACUUGGUGUUAACCAUCCAAGGAUUAAAUGAAAUCUACAACGAUGUAGACAAAGAUCUGAAGCUGAUAGAGCAGUGCUUGAAAGAAGAAAGGGGGAAAGAGGCCGCCCAUUCUGCUGCAUUAGGCAAGCGUGCACCAUCCAACUUGGUCACGGAGCUCUCCGCAGAAUUUGCCAAGUACCAAGAGGCGCACCUCCGUGCUGCCGACUCUAACUCCAACCUUCAGAAGGCACUGACUGCACGCACAGCACACUUAAAGCUGCUAUCGGGGCCUCUUGACGAGCUAGAGAAGGCGUUGCCAUCCAUGUCACUGAUGGAUGUACCAAACAAUGAAGCAGUGGUGAAGGAGCUUACGCACUUGCUCGACAAAGUUGACGAGAUGAAGGAGCAGCGGAAGAUGCUGGAUGCUAGGCUACGUGACGCGUUGCAGAAGGAUGACAUCACCAAACAGAUUGUCACUCGAAAUAAGUCCGAAGACAUCCAGGUUUUCUUUGCCAAUGAACUAAAGAAACAUGACCAAGAUGUGUCUCUAAUUGACCAAAAUCUAAUGGCACAAGACAACAUUUUGAGGGCGCUGACUCAAGCAAACGCACGAUUUGGAGAAACGCGUAAAGCUGCCUCCGAAGUUCUCAAAAGGCGAGAGGCCAUGAUCAACUCGUUAAUAACGUCGUUUCAAGUUUAUGAAGACUUGGUAUUAAAAACUCAGAAGGGUACAGAAUUCUACAAGAAACUGCAAGGAAACGUUAAAAAGCUGCUGACAAGAUUAAAAAGUGUCACCCAAGUUCAGGACGAAGAACGAACUUUGCUCUUGGAAGCUCAAGCAAGGAAAGCAGAGAAGAUGCUGUCUGGAAGCCUACCAGGAUUUACACCCUCUGCAACGCCAAAGUUGAAGGACUAUCUACCAUACAUGACUUCCAGAGGAGCGGCUGCUAGUGCAGGAAUGCCUCCAGCUUCGGGAUACUACCCCACCAGCUCAUACAUGUCACUCGGCGUGCCUCAACACACUGCGCUUGAUCCCUGCGCCGACAAGUUCCGUAUGGACGGCAUGGAUAAUUCUGAGUCGUUGGCUAUGGGGGUGCGGCCAACCCCUCUGGGGUCUGAGAAAAUGCCUACGGGACCAGAGCACGCUCCACCUUCUUCUCGCUGCUUGACAACAUCUACUCCGGGAAGCUACGUCCCCUCAUCUCAGUACUCCAUUUCAAAAGUCUAUGGACCUCAAUCCAACAACACUGCAAUGUAUGAGAUGCCUUCACAGCCCCCUGGCUAUUCUGUACAAAUGCCAGCUGUCUCUUCCCUGGCACCUGCGGUAUCCUAUGGGCCGGCAUUCACCUCACCUGGUGCAUACAGCACAGGAUCUACACAUGUACCGACUUCUGUUCCUCCAUUGCCACAACAGAAGUAUGGCACGAGUGGUCCAUACUACAGUCACACAGAGUAUGUCCCACCAUCUACGUAUAGUGCAGCAGCCUAUCCGGCCUCCACUCCGACUUACACUUUUCGUACGAGCAGCAUGAUUCCCGGCAGCACGGUCGGUUUUGAGAAGCCACCUUCAACCGUAUCAAAUUAUAACGCUUAUACUAGCAACACGUAUGCUUUCAGUCAGAGCUUGUCAAGUCCACAGCAGCCAAAAGCACCGUCCCUGACUGCUUUCAUGCAGCCUCCUUCGAGCAAUUCUAGCUUACCGCAGGGGCAGUCUAUGCCUAAUUUUUAUGGCCCGGGUUAUGGACCUGGCUAUGGUCAAUUACCGGCUGCCUCUACUAUCCAGACCCCUGCCUCUUACGCUCAGUGCAGUACGAACCAAUAUGGAAUUGCAGCGCCGCAGCAGCAUGGAUCGUACCAGCAGCCUGCAUCGGGAGAUAUGCCUGCAAUCCCUGCGUCUCAGUCGAGCUAUUCUCCUUACUAUCAGUACUAUGGCAUGACACCAGCAUCUGAAUCUGUCACAGGAGGGCAAAAUGGUGGGAGUCAGAUGACUCAGUCUUACCCUACCACGACAUGGCCUCAGCAACAACAGCAGCAACAGUAUUCAGAUGCAGUCCAAUCAGCCUAUGGUUACGCGUGCUCUUACCAGCAGUAUGGAUACCAGACCCCCACACCAGAGUCAGCAGAGGCUCCAGUUCCAUCACCUGUUGUUUCAGCACCACAGACUCCGCUUUCUGAAAUUCCAAAGCCACAUACCGUGUCUCAACUGCAGCCCAUUGCAGCACAGAGUCCCACACAUAUGGACAUAGGGGCAUCUAGCAAGGACUUAUUGUCUACAACACCAGACACUCCACAGAAUGGAGAUGUCAAGGUUCCUCUUCUGCAGCCCAAGGUGCUUACAAGUGAUGACCUGAAAGAACAGCUCAAAAAGGCAGAAGAGUUGGAACACCGACCACAACCGAAAGACCCUCUCUCAGAUCCUGUGGCUCUCGAUAAAUUUAUUGCAGAGGUUGAACGCUUUGAAAAGUUUGUAGAAGGUUUGACAAAGAAGUCACUAAAUGGGCCUACGCUACUGGAGCAAAGGUGGAAGGAAUAUUUAGAUGCUCAAGACCGAGAGUCAAGAAAAUUGUCCAUAUCAGUUGCACGGUGCUACCCGAUGAAGAACCGCAUUCCAGACGUGAUGCCGUAUGACCACAAUCGAGUUGAAAUGACUUCACAGAGGAAUGACUAUAUCAAUGCCUCGCACAUAAAGGGGCUCACCCUUCACUGUCCCAACUAUAUUGUGACACAGGCUCCUAUCCCUUCAACAUAUUCAGACUUUUGGGCAAUGAUCUGGGAACAGCAGGCCGAGCUCAUAGUUUGUUUGCAGAAUUGCUUUGAACUGAAGAGCCACAUCUAUUGGCCAAUGGAAAAAGGCCAACAAGUUCAAUAUGGAGCGCUAUCAGUAACACUUCAGUCAGCAAAAGAGAAACAGUUUUAUAUUGAAAGAAUGAUUAAUGUGGCGAAUAAUGAGACGACCAAGGCAUCGAGAGUUAUAGUCCAUCUCCAGCUUCUGGACUGGCCCCUCAGUGGUGGGGCAUCUGCUAGUCCAGCUCAGCUGUUGCAGUUUGUAUCUGAAGUACACUCCUUCCACAAGAUGCAACGUAACUUGGCAAGGCCCAUUGUUCUGCAUUGCCUGGCUGGAGUGGGUAGAAGCGGUAUCUUCUGCCUUGUAUCGGCGGCUAUAAAGGAGAUGGCUGCUGGUAAUGGGCUCUUAGACAUUUUAGGAACUGCAGUGAAGCUUGUGCAACACCGAAAAUUCAUCUUUCAAGAAAAAGAGCAUUUCCAGUUCUGUUACGACAUUGUACUCUAUCAUGCUCAAGAUCUUCUUAUUAAAAGGGGAAUUCUUACGAACAAAGCAAGCUUUGGUGACAAGCCUCACGCCGUUACACCUUCACAUGUCCGUCACCCUUCAGAGGAUUUCAUUCUUGGCACUGGCGGCCUUUCCUGCAUACAGAAAGGACUGGCUAACAUAAGCCUUUCUAGCUCAGAUGUGCCACCUUCAAAAACUCCAGACUCAAGUGAAUGUGCAGUGAAGCCUACAAAUGAUAGAGCGCUGGAGGACGUGAAAGAUGCGGCCCAGGACAGCAAUAUCUCGCCGUGCAAGCCUACAGAAGGUGGGAAGGUGGAAGAUGCUGAUAGUUCAAACCUUGUCAGUAGUACACCGACACUACCUUACGAAUCUCCCGUUCACGACAAAGUCGGAGAACCAUCAGCUGACCUACCAGCUAGAGAAACAACAGUGCCAGCUUCAUUUGCAGUUACCAGUCUGUUGGAUCCAGCUAGCUUCACACUAGACCCAGUCAUGAGCACAGGCACAAAGCAGAAGAUAACAAAGGAGAGCUUCAAUGCCCCUGGGUUGCUUUCGCAGAAAAAACCAGACCCCAGUGACCCCCUCAGUCAGCUCGACCCUUUAUGGUCUCUGAAAAAGGGGAAUGAAUGAAGGCUGGCCUGUAAAAUCUGCAGAGGGCUUAGUGCAAGAUCGUAAGCACUACACCACAGGUAACUUCAUGCAGCUAUAAUCUUGAAGCAUAUAGGCUUUUAGCAAAUGCUCUCAUUUCAGUGUAUCAAAUCUAAAUUCUGCUCACUGAAGCAACUGUGCAGUGGCUGUUUCUGUCUUGCAAGGCAUAGCAGGGAUAUAGGUGUGGAAGAUGGCAUUCGAGACUGUUAAUUAGUGUAUGCAUCCUGGACAGCACUAGGUGCUAGUUUCUAAAAGUUUUUGCUGUACAUUGUGGCAUCGACGUGUCUGUUUUAUUGUUCGCUAUUUGGAGUCCGAGGGCUAUCGCACUUAACUGCGGUGCUGAAGGUAUGUGAAUAUUUUAUGCAAGUUCAGUGUUAAAUGCUGAGCUCUUGGACAUGCUUUGGCGUGUAAAAUAAGGACAGAGUUUAGUACGAGUGACAUUUUUGCAACUGGGCAUCUUUUAAGUUGGGGAAUAUUUCCUUUGUAACACUAUUUGUAAAGUCAGGUUGUAAUAACCAAUAUUUUAACCUGGUGUACUUAGGUGUCAGGUAUGUACAUAGCUGUGAUUGUCCUCAGCAUGUACUUUGUGUUGAAACCUUUGCAUACCUUAGUGGGAUGGCUAGUUGUGUGCGCUAUCUAGAGCAACAGAAACCAGUUUGGAAGGAAGACUGUAGGCUUCAGUCUUCAGCCCUGAAAUGAUGCCAUCAUCUUCUGUGAAGCAUGGUUGCACCAAACCAGGUCGGAAACAAUGUUUAAACAUCACUUGAGUGAAAACUAUAAAUUAUUUCGUAGCUUUUUAGAAUGUUUUGGUAACAUUGCUUCAAAAAAAUCUGGGACCAAUGUGCAUGUGUUUCUGUGCUGUUUUAAUAAAAUCUUAGACAUGCA